AUGUCUAUCCUUUCACUACAGGAUGCCACAAUUCCAGCGGAUGACCGAGGAGACUUUCUGUACUGUCUAUUAAGAGCUCAGGAUGACCCAAAAGCUCGUUACAAUCCGUAUGAUCUGCAAGUUGUUUCUGCAACCAGAGCCAAAUCGUACAAACAAUACUGGACAAUUAGUGCAUCCUACGUAUCCAAGUUGGAAAAGAUGAAACCACCUCUGUGGGGAUUAGGAGUCGUGGCCCUGAGGGCUCAGAACCUGGCAGACCAUGGAUUGCUGCAAGCCUUCAAUAGGCAUUUGAGUAAUGCCAGGCUCCCAAGCAGGGAGAACAAAAGACAGUACCAAGUGGUGACUGCUGUUGAAAAUAUUUUUGACAUGGAACCAGGAGCCUUUGAUGCUGGUGAAAUCACAGGCAGUCAACAAUACUUGACGGAAAUAAUCAUGUAUGAUCCUUGUAUCAAGGCUACAUCCAUUCCGGAUUUGGAGGUUUCGUUGACACUAGAUGGAGGGGAGCACCUGUGGUUUCGGUCAGGCCUUUGGACUGUUCUGAGAGGCCAGAUUACUUCUGUGUAUGAAAAAGGUGGAAUAGAAAGCAUCCCUGUCAUGGAGUGGUUGGUUGAAAGGUGUCAUUUCUACAGGAUCUAUCAGCUGCCUGUCUUCCUAAAUUUCAGAUGUUGGAAAGCUUUUAAUGUCUGGAAAGUCAAUAUCCGUAACUUAAAGACCAGCAACAGCAGGAUGAUUAUGACAAAGCAACUGUUUCUCGCCGAUGAAAUCUUUCGACGUUGUCUGUAUUAUAUCCGUGCCCUGUGUGAAAAUGCCAGCUCGAGCAAUGGAGGUCUGGGAACUGGUGAAGAUGCUAUUGUCUUUGUGAAGUUGGAUGGAACGAAUACCUAUUCAUGUGAGGAGUUUGCUGAAAUCCAAUCUGAACAGUGUAACCAUGCACUGAAGAAGCUUUGUGAACUCAGAUACAAAAUCAUUCAAUCGGUCAAAGAGGCCUGUCUGGAGAAAGCCAAAAUGGAAGGAUUUGGGAAUGUAUUCCGAGCAGAGCCCGGUGAUUCCAUUGAAAGGCCUGUAUUGACUGAAAUUAUUGAGUCCAGACCACUCCUUGCACUGUUCUUCAAGUUCCUGAAGCUCAUGGACCACCUGUUCCAGGAGCUGGUCUGUCGCCUGGUUAAAACUGCCGUUCAACUUUUAUUGGAUGCCUUGACUGAUUCAUAUAUGAGGACCUCAACAGAUGAGAGAAGGAAUGAGGAAUUGCUGAGCACACUGCCAACCCAUUCAAGAGCCUCCCUGGGCAAGCACCUGCAUGUCAUGCAAGGUUCUAAAGGUCUUAGCAGUCUCGAGAGCUUGGGCGCUAUUGAAAAACAGUCCACCACUGCCAGUGGAAUGGAUGUAGACCAGGUAAUCAAAGACUUUGAAAAACACACAAAGAAGAAAAUGGCACCGGUGUUCAUUGUAAAUGUGAUCCUUGACAUUCCAUCGAAACAUGAAAUCCAUUAUCAAAGCAGUACAAAAUCUAAAUGUCGAUCCGUUAAUCGAGUGUGCAAGCCUGAUAAAAACGAGACUUUAGAACAGUCACGGAUUUCUGAAGAUUCAAGGGAAUUGGAUUGUACUUUGGAUCCAACAGGCAAGCUGAUUGCCUUCAUCGAUGAGCCUCGCUUGUCCAUGUUUCACUCCCAUUCUCUGCAUGAACUGAAACUCUCUGAUGAGAGGGAACUGGAAACAAAGCAGUCCAAGGAAAAGAAGCUGUUGCUCAACCCUGACAGACUGUUUGGGCAAGACCCACACUACCAGAACCAACUUGUUGAAUUGAAUAACUUGAUAAAUGCGGCCAUGGUGCAUGUGAGAACGUACAGUCAAAGCUUUGAACGUUUCUGUAUCAUGGUGGAGCAAGCUAUGGAGUUGGACUUUGAGACUUCUAUGAAGCAGCAUGACUGGACUCCACAGGAAUUCAGGAUCAUGUUGCGGGUGUACAAUGAGCACAUAAUGGACAUGAGAAACAUGACCGUGGAGAGACGUGUGCGCAUGAUAAAGGUGUUAAGCCGACAGUUCCAGGCAGACUGCCUGCCCUAUUCCGAAGCAGUGGUCAAAGCUUUGCAAGCCCAUAUGAUAAAUUAUGCUCACAAGAAGAAUCUUGGGCUGAUGGCUGUCAUUGCAGAUGCUAUCCAAAGACUUGAAAAGGAACCAGACACUAUUGAUUUGUUUGGGGAGCACCUGAUGUUCUUGUCUCACAUCGGGGCAGAUAUGCCCAUGUUGGAGAAAGAGUUUACAGCUGUGACUCAAUUUUAUACCAUUGCCAAAGAGUUUAGUGUCCCUGUCCCUCCUGAGGAACUGGCUCUCUACCACAUCUUGAUUCCCAGUUUCCAGAACUUAAAAUCCAGUGUACUCUACUCUGAGGCCAUGAAAGACAGGAACAUCAUCAAGUUCCAAGCUAAUCUGGAGGAUGACAUCAGUAACCUUUACUAUGAAUUGCUACAAGUGAAAUAUAAGGUAAGAAAUCCCACACUUCUCCAGUCAGAGACAUCUCCACAAAAAGCCCUAGAAGACAUUAAUGCCUUGAUGGCUGAAAUCUCAACAAUAGCCAAUAAGGCACGAAGCUACAGCAACUAUCAAGAUCGUUUCUGCACUACGGACAACACAGGCACCUCCACUGCCAGCAGUAUUCACACCUUACAGAAGUGUGGAGGGAAGAGCACUCAGGCUCUGAAUGUGCUGCUGUCUGAAACUGAGUAUGAGUUAAUGUUGAGGAAACUGCUGUGGGAGUCGAAGGGUGAAUGGGAGAAGCUCUACUCGCAUUGGACUGACACAUUGUUUAAUGAACUGAAUGUGGACACGAUUCAAAAGGAUGUCAACAGGUUCACACAGACAAUCUACAUGUUGGAAAAAGGAUUGCCAGCGAAUGAUAUCGUUCCUCUCCAGAAACAGGCUGUCUUUGACUUUAAAGAGACACUCCCGGUCAUUGUGGCAUUGAGGAACCCCUAUCUGGAAUCACAGCAUUGGGAAGCCAUUGAAUACACCAUUGGUCGAUCAAUCAAGGACAGAAACCUCACUCUGGACAACCUCACUAAGCUGAGGAUAUUCCAGCGAAAGGAAGCAAUUGUUAACAUCUCUGCUCUAGCUAGUAAUGAAGCCACUCUCAAAGACAUGCUGGAGAAGGUCAGCAGCCUAUGGAAACACACCAGCUUCAAGCUGGUGACUCAUCAGGUGGACACUUACACUGUAUUAAUCAUUGGGUCGACGGAGGAGAUUGUCGCUCAGCUCGAGGACAGUUUAAUCACCAUUUCCACCAUUAAGGGUUCACGUUAUGUGGAACCAAUCAAGAAAGAGGUGAAUGAAUGGGACCGGAAACUUAAUAUUAUGGCAAAUACACUGGAAGAACUGAUGACCUGUCAGCGGAACUGGCUGUACCUGGCUCCCAUUUUCCAAGCUCCUGAUAUUCAAAGGCAACUGGCUACAGAAACCAAACUGUUUGGCCACAUUGAUGCUGCAUGGAAUGAGAUGAUCAUUAGAAUUCAGAAUAACUCGAAUAUUCUGAAGAUAACCACCACAUCAGGGGUUCUUGAGCUUUUACAGACCACCAAUGCCAACUUGGAAAAGAUACUGAAAUGUCUUGAGGAUUACUUGGAAGCCAAAAGGAUCGCUUUCCCACGUUUUUAUUUCCUUAGCAACAGUGAACUGCUGGAUAUCCUGUCUCAAAGCAAAACCCCUGAGGCUAUACGGCCCCAUUUGGCCAAAUGUUUUGAAAAUAUCAGAUCUCUGGAGAUUGUGAAGCAAGCGACCAGACCUCCCAUUGUGGUAAUGAUCAAGUCUGCAGAAAAUGAGAAUCUUCCCAUGCCAAGGAAUGUUCGGAUUAGGGGACCCAUUGAACAAUGGCUGGGAAAUGUGGAAAGUUCCAUGUAUGAGUCUGUGAAAAAGCAUCUCCGGAUGGGAAUACAGGACUGGAAAGUAACACAAUUCAAAGAGUGGGUGCUGUGUCACCCAGGACAGGUUGUUGUCACUGUGAGUCAGAUAAUGUUCAGUCGGAAAUGUAAGAAGUGUUUCAAUGGACCCAGACCGCACAGCCAAUUGCAGAAUACCCGUCUGGUGCUGAUCAGUAGGCUGGAUGCAUUGGCAGAGCUCAUGUCUACACCACUGCAGCCUUUCCAGGAAACAGUGCUCGAGACUCUCCUGACCAUCAACGUGCACUGUCGCGAUGUGCUGAGUGAGCUUAUUGACAAGAAGAUUGUCAGAGAAGACGACUUUGAAUGGAUCAGGCAGCUGCGCUAUGAGUGGAACAUGCAAAACAACACUUGCUAUGUGGUCCAGGGCAACAGCUCCUUCACCUAUGGCUAUGAGUAUCUCGGCUGCUCGCGCCGAUUAGUAAUCACGCCACUCACUGACCGCUGCUGGCUAACUCUGACUGGAGCCCUGCACCUGAACCUUGGAGGCUCUCCUGCGGGACCAACAGGAACUGGCAAAACAGCAACUGUGAAAGACCUUGCCAAAGCUCUGGGAAAGCACUGUGUUGUCUUCAACUGCUCUGAAAGUCUGGAUUACAAGAUGAUGGGGAAAUUGUUCUCCGGAAUGGCUCAGUCUGGAGCAUGGUUCUGCUUUGAUGAGUUUAAUCGGAUUGACGUGGAAGUGCUGUCUGUGACCGCCUCACAAAUCCUCACCAUUAAGGCAGCCAAAGACAGUGAAGCUAUGAGAUUUGUGUUUGAAGGCAGAGAAAUCCGAUUAAAUAAAUCCUGCAGUUUCUUCGCGACUAUGAACCCUGGAUACGAAGGACGAGUUGAACUCCCGGACAACCUGAAAUCCUUAUUCCGCCCAGUGGCAAUGAUGGUGCCUGAUUACGAGCUAAUUGCAGAAAUCAUGCUGUUCUCUGAGGGCUUUAAAUCAGCCAAGUCCCUCUCAGGAAAGAUUGUUAAUGUAUAUCAGCUGGCCAGCAAGCGGUUAUCCCAACAGGACCACUAUGACUUUGGACUGAGGUCCAUAAAGUCUGUGUUAGUGAUGGCAGGACAGAGGAAGAGAGCAGCUGAGAUUCAAAAUCCUGAGAUGCCCACGAGCCAGAUUGAUGAAUCACACAUUCUCAUCCACGCUUUGAAGGAUGCGAAUCUCCCCAAGUUCCUGGCUGAAGAUGUCCCCUUGUUUGAAAGCAUUCUAGAAGAUCUCUUCCCAGGACUGACUUCACCCAAAGAAGAAACUCUCUCAUUGCAGAAAGCCAUAGCCAUGGCAACUGCGGAGCUGGGAUUUCAGCCCUGGCCAAGCCAAGUGGAGAAGGUCAUCCAACUGUACAGCCAGAUUUUGGUGCACCCUGGAGUGAUGCUGGUAGGCCCCUCAUGUGGAGGAAAGACAACAGCCAGAAAUAUCCUACAGAAAGCCUUGAUCAUUUUACCGAGCAUUGCUGCAGACACUGACAGCACAUCAUACUUGAGCCCUGUGGCUAAGAGAGGCAAAUUAGAAACCUUCACCAUCAACCCCAAGUGCAUCACUCUUGGGGAGUUGUAUGGGCAUGUGGACCCACACACAAUGGACUGGUCUGAUGGCUUGCUGGCUCAGGCAAUGAGGAGGUUUGCAAAUGACUUACAAAAGGAGUAUGACAGCAAUUUGGAAAUGAAGAUGCUUUCAACUACUAUCGUGAAUGUUGACAGAAAAUGGACUGAUUUCCAAGAUAUUAAGAGCCUAGAAACUGAAGAUGUUACAGCCAUGUCCAGCUGGCGAUGGAUAAUCAUGGACGGCCCAGUAGACACGGUGUGGGUGGAAAACCUCAACACAGUACUGGAUGACACCCGGACUCUUUGUUUGUCCAAUGGGGAACGCAUCAGAUUGCCACGAGGCCUGACGCUCCUCUUUGAAGUGGACAGCCUUUCCCAAGCUAGCCCUGCCACAAUCAGCAGAUGUGCCAUGGUUUACAUGGACCCGGUCGAUCUUGGCUGGCGGCCUUAUGUUAGUACCUGGCUAGAAAGGCUCCCAGAGGAGUUACCUGGCAAGGCGAAGGAAUACCUCCAGACACUCUUCGACAAAAGCAUUACAGCAGGCCUGCAAUUUGCAAGAAGCCAUCGAAAGUUGCAGCAAUUUGCUGUCACAGACCUGGGGAUUGUGAUGACUCUUUGCCACCUGUUACAAUCUUUUCUGGAUUUCAUGAGCAGGAAUGGUGGCUUCGGAGUCAGUGAUAGCACUGCACCCAAUGAAGAAACCAAGGGAACAGAUGGGCUUCCAAAACAGGAUGUGGAAGGCAGCUCGGGAACCAGGUCUGACAAGUGGUUUUUAGAGAAGAAACCCAACAAGCUGCCUGGCCUCCUGGCCAAGCUCUACACGUUCUGUUUUACCUGGGCGGUCGGCGGCUGCUUGAAACGUGAGGACGAUUACGAGGAAGAAGCUCUCAUUGGCUUCAGUGACAGGAGCAAGGAGGAUGAGGCCAUCAAAGUCACGCUGGACUUCAACACUUUGGUCCAAAACCUGUUCACAGGACCAAGCCCACUCUCGGUUACAUUUCCACUUGGAAACGCGACUGUCUUUGGAUAUUUUGUGGACAUGCAAACUGGACAGCUUGUAUCCUGGGACAAAUUGGUUCCAUCCACACAGGAGCUUAUUUCGAAAGGGGUGCAGUUAUCAAGUCUUGCUGAAGCAGUCAUGACCGGAGUUCCCAAAUCAAGACGACCCAAUCAGGAAAAUCUCGUGUGUACGGUUGACACUGUGCGGUACUCCUUUAUAACCAGCCUGCUGCUCCUCAACAAAUGCCCUGUGCUGCUUACAGGUGAAUCUGGGGUUGGCAAAUCUGCUCUCAUUGAGGAAAUGCUUUCAAAGCUUCAGAAACCCAAAGGUUCACUGAUCCAAAAAAAGACUAUCCUUGGGAACAUCUUCCUUUACAACGAGAUGAAACAUGAGAGCAGCCUGGUUGCUGGCAUCAGCCAUCUCACUGAAGGCUUCAGCAGAGAGACAGACCCUGCAUCAGUCUGCAUCGAUGGAGUUUGCAGUGGCCAGCGAGUCGAGUUCUUGAGGAGGUACAGUGUUCCCACUGACAGCAAGGCCGGCAGAAACACCAAGGAGGUGCUGGUAACAACCAUGUUGUUCAGCACUCAGACUACAUCAGCCCAAACCCAGGCACAGAUCCUCAACCAACUGGUGAAGAAAAGCAGAAAUCGCCGGAUUCCACCAAAGAACAAGAAGGUAAUUGUGUUUCUGGAUGACCUGAACAUGCCAGCUAUUGAACAAUACGGAGCACAGCCUCCACUCGAACUGAUCCGUCAAUUCCUGGACCUUGGAGGUUUCUUCGAUAUUAAGAAGCUCAAAUGGUUGCGUGUGGAAGAUGUGACUCUGGUCGCUGCAUGUGCUCCCCCGAGUGGUGCUCGCACUGAACUCAGCCAAAGGCUUCUCAAACACUUCAGCAUCUUCACCCUGCCCCAGCCUUCCACCAACUCACUGCAACACAUUUUCCAGGUACAAGUUGGAUGUCACCUGGAAAGCCAAAACUUCCUGCCAGUGGUGCGGAAGUGCCGAGAGCUGUUAGUGACUGCUGCCAUUGCUAUUUACUAUAAGAUGUGCCGUCAAAUGCUGCCCACUCCAGUCAAACCCCAUUAUACAUUCAACAUGAGAGACCUGGCUAAGGUAAUCCAGGGCCUGCUGCAGGCUCAUGAAUCUGAAAUCGCUUCCAGAGAGAAGACAAUCAUUCUGUUUGCACACGAAGUGAGCAGGGUUUUCCACGAUCGGCUCAGUGACGAAAAAGACAGGCAGAUGUUUUAUACUUUCCUCUCAGACGAUCUCCACAACUACUUCAAGGUCGAUUUUGAUGUUCUGCUGCACAAACUCCUUCCCCAGACAGAUAUUCCAGAAUUCCUGCCUAUCAGCCUCAGCGACCUGCUUAUACUCACCACACCUGGAGUGUUUUACAACACCAUGAUUGAAAUAAACUUCAGAAAACAAGCCAUAAACUUCAUGAUAGUGAAGGUCAAAUUCAAUGGAAAGUGCAGGAGGGCAUCGCAGGAGCAGUACCAGGCAGACCUGAAGAUGAGGCACCAAGCUGGUGAACAGGAUUACUUCGAUGUCAACCAGCAUCAGCACCAGUCCUGGAGAAACUCAGCAGGACCCGGGAAACCUGGUGCGAUGGUGCAGUUCCCUAUCCCUGAUCGCGGGAACCCCAUUCCGAAGGUGCAGUUCCUGAUCCCCAAUCCCGGGAACACCGUUCUGAUGAUGCAGUUCCCUAUCCCCGAUCGUGGGAUCCCCGUUCUGAUGGUGCAGUUCCUGAUCCUUGAUCCCGGGAACUCUGGUCCAAUGGUGCAGUUCCCUAUCCCCGAUCACUUGAACCACAUUCCGAUGAUGCAGUUCCCUCUCCUGAUCGCGGGAACCCGGUCCGAUGGUGCAGUUCCUGAUCCCCAAUCCCGGGAAUCCCGGAACCCUGGUCCAAUGGUGCAGUUCCUGAUCCCUGAUCUCGGGAACCCUGGUCCAAUGGUGCAGUUCCCUAUCCCCGAACCCAGGAACCCCGUUCUUGUGGUACAGUUCCCUAUCCCCGAUCCCAGGAAUUCCGGUCCGAUGGUGCAGUUCCUGAUCCCCGAUCCCGGGAGCACAGGUCUGAUGCUACAGUUUCCUAUCCCCGAUCCUGGGAACCCCAUUCCGAUGGUGCUGUUCCCUAUCCCCGAUCCCGGGAACCCCGUUCCGAUGGUGCCAUUGCCGAUCCCAGAUCCCGGGAACCCCAUCCCGAUGGUGCCUUUCCCAAUCACAGAUCGCGGGAACCCCAUUCCGAUGCUGCAGUUGCCUAUCCCCGAUCGCGGGAACGCAUUCCGAUGUUCCCUACCCCGAUCGCGGGAACGCGUUCCAAUAGUGCAGUUUCCUAUCCCCGAUCCCGGGAACCCCAUUCCGAUGGUGCAGUUCCUGAUCCACGAUCCCGGGAACCCUGUUCUGAUGGUGCAGUUUCCUAUCCCAGAUCCCAGGAACCCCGUUCCAAUGUUGCAGUUCCCUAUCCCCGAUCCCGAGAACCCUAUUCCAAUGAUGCAGUUUCCUAUCCCAGAUCCCAGGAACCCCGUUCCAAUGAUGCAGUUCCCUAUCCCCGAUCCCGGGAACCCCGUUCCGAUGGUGCAGUUCCUGAUCCAAGAUCCCGGGAACCCUAUUCCAAUGAUGCAGUUCCCUAUCCCCGAUCCCGGGAACCCCGUUCUGAUGGUGCAGUUCCUGAUCCACGAUCCCAGGACCCCCAUUCCGAUGGUGCAGUUCUCUAUCCCUGAUCCCAGGAACCCCGUCCGAUGGUUCAGUUCCCAAUUUCCGAUCCCAGGAACCCCGUCCGAUGGUUCAAUUCCCAAUUCCCAAUCCCAGAAACACCAUUCCGAUAGUGCAGUUCCCUAUCCCCGCUCCCGGGAACCCUAUUCCAAUGAUGCAGUUCCCUAUUCCCGAUCACGGGAACCCCAUUCCAAUGGCGCAGUUCCCUAUCCCCGAUCCCGGGCACCACGUUCCGAUGGUGCAGUUCCCUAUCCCCGAUCCCGGGAACCCUGUUCCGAUGAUGCCGUUCCCGAUCCCAGGAACCCCGUCCGAUGUUCCCUAUCCCGAUCCCGGGAACCCUGUUCCGAUGAUGCAGUUCCCGAUCCCGGGAACCCCGUUCCGAUAGUGCAGUUCCCUAUUCCCGAUCCCGGGAACCCCGUUCCGAUGGUGCCGUUCCUGAUCCCCGAUCCCGGGACCCCCGUUCCGAUGAUGCCGUUUCCGAUCCCCGAUUAUGGGAAUCUUGUUCUGAUGGUGCAGUUCCCUAUCCCCGAUCCGGGGAACCCCGGUCUGAUGGUGCAAUUCCCUAUCCCCGAUCGUGGGAACCACAUUCCGAUGGUGCAGUUUCCUAUCCCCGAUCCCGGAAACCACAUUCCGAUGGUGCAGUUUCCUAUCCCCGAUCCCGGGUGCCCCGUUCCGAUGCUACAGUUCCCGAUCCCAGAUCGCGGGAACCCCGUUCUGAUGGUGCAGUUCCUGAUCUUCGAUCGCGGGAACCUCUUUCCGAUGGUGCAGUUCCCGACCCCUAAUCCCGGGAACCUCGUUGCGACGGUGCAGUUCCUGAUCCCCGACCCCAGGAACCCCGUUCCGAUGUUCCUGAUCUUCUAUCCCAGGAACCCUGGUCCGAUGGUGCAGUUCCAGAUCCCUGAUCCCGGGAACUUCGUUGCGACGGUGCAAUCUCCUAUCCCUGAUCCCGGGAACCCCGUUCCGAUGUUGCAGUUCCCUAUCCCCGAUCCCAGGAACCCCGUUCUGAUCGUGCUGUUUCCUAUCCCCGAUCCUGGGAACCCCAUUCUGAUGGUGCAGUUUCCUAUUCCCUAUCCCGGGAACCCCGUUCCGAUGUUGCAGUUUCCUAAUCCUGAUCCCGGGAAACCCGUUCCGACGGUGCAGUUUCCAAUCCCCGAUCCCGGGAACCCCUUUCCGAUGGUGCAGUUUCCUAUUCCCGAUCCCGGGAAUCCCGUUCCGAUGGUGCGGUUCCCUAACCCCGAUCUCGGGAACCCCGUUCUGACGGUGCAGAUUCCUAUCCCUGAUCCUGGGAACCCCGUUCCGAUGGUGCAGUUAUUGAUCCCUGAUCCAGGCAAACCCGUUCCAAUGGUGCAGUUCCCAAUCCCAGGAAGCCUGGUGAAGUGGAGCCCUGCUCAGUUAAUCGACAAUUCUUUUCUAUUUGGAGAUUUUCUGGAAAUCUAUGUCCCGAGCAACAAUAGAAUCUACAGACAGAUUACAAAUAUGAACAAACUGGAAAAUGUCCUGGCCAAUUUCCAUUUCAGGCACAGCUCCACAAAUCUGAAAGUCUCUCACCCCGUGUUCUUUAAAGAAGCUGUGGAACACAUUGUCCGAGCAGCCCGAGUGUUCAGUCAACCUGGGGGACACCUGAUGAUGGUGGGAGUGGACAGUACGGGCAAGUUAACCAACUCCAGCCUGGCCUGCUACGUUGCAGACUGUGAGCUUGCUGUGCUUUCCAUUCGACAGGAUUACAACCACAGCGACUUCCAGGAGGAACUGAAGAAAUUCUUCAAACGGACGGGUGUCAACGGUGUGAAGACUGUCCUGCUGCUGACAGACGAGGAUCUCAUCAAGGAGACAUUUCUGGAAGAUUUGAACUGCCUUGUACAUUCAGGCCAAGUCCCAGGCCUGUUUGACAACGAAGAGUUGGACAACAUCAUUGUGGAACUGAAGAGCCAGAAGAGUGAGGGCAAUCUGCCUGACAACAGGGCCGCACUGUACCAGUUCUUCCUGCAGCGUGUUCAGGAGAGGCUCCACAUCGCCCUGGCGGUCAGCCCUGCCGGCUCCAAGUUCCGCCUGCGCUGCCGGAUGAACCCCUCGCUGGUGAACUGUUGCACCAUGGACUGGUACGACAAAUGGCCGAAAGAGGCGCUGCUCAGAGUGGCCAGCACCUACUUCACACAAGUGGACUUUGAUGAGAACGGAGAGGCGUUAAAGAGCAGUGUGACCACGGCAUGUGUCAGCAUUCACAACAGUGUGUCAGUGGCAGCGCAACAAUUCUGGCAGCAAAUGAGGAGGUACUACCACGUCACGCCUAGCAAAUACUUAGAGCUGAUUCACGGCUUCUCUGACCUGCUGAAGAGAAAGAGGAAAGGCAUUCUGAACUCGAGGAACCGCUUUGCGAAUGGUCUGCUGAAACUAUCAGAAGCCAGCUCAAUGGUGGGAGAGAUGCAGGAAGAGUUAGUACCACUGGGACCACAGAUCGAGCAGAAGACCAAGGAGAUUGAACAGUUAAUGCAGAAACUUAAAAGUGACACUGAGGCCAUGGAGGAGGUUCGAGCCAUAGUGAAACACGAGGAGGAGAUCAUGGCUGAGGAGACCCAGAUCGUGCAGGAAUAUGCUGAGCAAGCGACCAAUGAGCUGAAUGAUGUGCUUCCUGUUUUGGAAAAGGCUAUCGUUGCUCUCCAAGCCCUGGAUAAGAGUGACAUCUCAGAGAUCAGAGUGUACACCAGCCCCCCGACUCUGGUUCUGAAAGUGAUGAACGCGGUCUGUGUGCUGCUACAAAAGAGCCCUCAGUGGACAACGGCAAAGCUGCUCCUUGGAGACCCGAGUUUCCUGAAACAUCUCCUCCAACUCGACAAGGACAAGAUCCCGGAGAAGGUUUUCAGUCGGUUGAAGAGGUAUUCAAAGCACCCGGACUUCAACCCAGAGAGAGUGGGCACAGUGUCAACGGCAUGUCGCUCCCUGUGCCAGUGGGUGUUAGCGAUAGAGCACUACCACGAUGUCCGAAAGGCUGUGGAACCAAAGGAGCAACAUGUUCAGGAAGCCCAGGAGGCCCUGGAGAUCGCCAAGGAGAACCUGAGAAAGAAGCAUGAGAGUCUGAGGCUGAUCGAGGAUCACCAGCAUUCCCUGCAGCAGAUUUUCAAUGAGACCGUGCGGGAGAAGGAGGAAAUGGCCAAUCGCAAGCUGCUGACUGUGACCAGGCUCUCGAGGGCAUCCGUCCUGAUUACUGCUCUCAGCAACGAAAAGGACCGUUGGAAGGAAUGCCUUGAGGCGUUAGACCGCUACUAUCAGGGAAUUGUGGGAGACACCCUUCUCUCUGCUGCAAGCAUCACCUACUAUGGUCCAUUCACUGCAGACUACCGGAAGAACCUGAUGGAGGAAUGGAAAACAUUCCUGACUGUGAAUCAAAUCCCAAUGUCACCGGACUAUUCCCUCAUCCCAGCAACGACAGAAAAAAAUGAGGUUCGCAUUUUACAGAACCAGGGUCUGCCAGCUGAUAAUUACUCCACCGAAAAUGCGGUUCUGGUGAAGAUGAGCAAUAACUGGCCGCUCCUCAUUGACCCACAGGGUCAGGCCAGAAGUUGGAUCACCAAGAUGGAAGGACCGGAGCUGCUCAUCCUCCUGGCAACAGACCCUGGCUACACCAAACUCCUGGAGAGUGCGAUUCGCAUGGGAUACCCCGUCCUCCUACACGAAUUAACGGAGCAGAUUGACCCAGGGCUGAGGCCAGUGUUAGUGCGAGAGAUUUAUUCACGAGAGGGGCAGGACUACAUCAGGAUUGGAAACAAGGAAGUCGAAUACAACUCCAACUUCAGGUUAUUCAUGACCACACGGAUCUCCAAUCCGAACUUCCUCCCUGCUGUGUGUAACCUGGUGACCCUGAUUAACUGCACAGUCACCUUCGAGGGUCUGCAGGAGCAGCUUCUAUCCCGCGUGGUGAAGCGACAGCACCCACAAGUGGAGGAGCAGCUUGGACAACUGCUGCAGAGCAUCGCGAAUGACCUGGUCACCCUGCGCGAUCUGGAGAAUAAGUCCCUCUCCUUAUUUCAGAAAACCGAGGGACAUAUUCUGGAUGACCAGGACCUCAUCGACACCCUCCAACAGUCCAAAGAAAUGUCCAAAGAGAUUAAGUUGCGAGUGGAAGCUUCAGAGGAAAAUGAGAGGAAGAUUGUGACUGCUCGCAAGAAAUAUCUGCCAAUGGCCACCCGCGGCUCGGUGAUGUACUUUGUCAUGGAUGAGCUGGCAAAGUUAAACUGUAUGUACCAGUUCUCCCUUCACUGGUUCAUGAGAAUCUUCACAGAGUCUGUCAGUGACAUGCACAAGCCCCACACCAGGAGGCCCCAGGCACGUUUCACGGGACGUAGCGGCGAGUUCAGGAAUCUAACCUCCAGCUCAGCAAAGAUGCACAUCGGCUUCAGAUCCUACUUACAGAACAUGAUGAACACACUGACCGACAACGCAUACAAGUUGGUGUGGUAUGCCUUGUUCACUGAGCACCAGCUCUGCUUCUCCUUCAUGCUGUGUAGCAGCAUUAUGAGGACCAGCGACCCGGGAAAGGAUGAGCUCAGUAACAUCGGUCACCUCGCUGAGACGGAGUGGCAGAUAUUCCUGCACUGCAGCACGCUGGCUGGUGUGGCAUCUGCUCAGGACCGACUGGAUAACCACGGAGGGGACACGUGGUUUGAACAGGGCCCUAAUGCCCAGUGGAUGACGGAGACCAUGUGGAGCCAGUGCCUGUACAUCAAUACUCAGCUGAGCUGCUUUGCACUGCUCUGUAGAUCCAUCAACACCCGUCCUGUCCAGUGGGAAAGCUUCCGAAACUCCGAGGAACCUUAUCACUACAUGAAGAGACCCUUCCACCUCCUGGGUAUGGACCCUAGACCAGGUUUUCCCCACGUCAGCAGGGAGUUGGAUCCUGAUCAGCAUCAGUUCGAGGAGCACAGGCAGCUGCUGGAUUCCACCUUCCCUUGGGAAAACCUGACCUCAUUCCAGGCUCUCAUUUUGAUAAAGAUCCUGAGGCCUGAGUGUUUGAUCGCCGCAGUGAGAGAAUUUAUUGCAGAGAAACUGGGUCCAGAAUUUCUACCGAGCCCCUCCGUCAAUCUCUGGGACGCAUUCGAUGAGACAGAUGCCUCAACGCCACUGAUAUUUCUCCUGUCGCCGGGUACUGACCCUGUCACUCAGUUGCUACGCUUUGCCAAGGAAUACUACGGCAGUACUGACCACCUGGACAUGGUCGCUCUCGGCCGGGGACAGGGCCCGAUCGCUGAAGAGCUGAUCCACAAGGCACUGGCCCAGAGAGGACGCUGGGUCUUUCUCCAGAACUGCCACCUCGCUGCCUACUUCAUGCCAACCUUACAGGCCAUUGUCGAAUCGUUCAGAAAACCAGGAAUGAACAUUGACCCGAACUUCAGGCUUUUACUGAGCUCCAAAUCGGACCACACCUUCCCCAUCUCGAUCCUACACAAAGGAGUGAAGGUCGCUGUCGAGCCCCCCCAGGGUCUGAAGAACAAGCUGCUGACCAGCUUUGGGAGCAGUGGGGUGGGGGAAGUGACAGAGAGAACGUACAUGAAGGAGAAUGUGAGCGGCAGCUGGAGGAGGCUGCUUUUCAGUCUGUGUCUCUUCAACGCCAUCAUCCAGGAGAGGAACAAGUACGGAGCUUUGGGCUGGAAUAUCCCGUACGAGUUCAGCUCUUCCGACCUGGAGGUGGCCAUUCUGAACCUGGAGAUGUUGAUUUCCCAUGAGACGGAAAUCCCGUGGACAGCAUUGCGUCACCUGACUGGGGAGGUGAUAUAUGGAGGCCGGGUGACCGAUCACUGGGACAGGCGAUGCCUCAACUGCACCCUCAGCAAUUUCUACAACCCCAACGUCCUCAGCGAAGGUUACUGCUUUUCCAGUGAUGGGGUUUAUUGUAUGAUCUUGGAGAGCAUGGACUUUUUACAGUGCAUCAGCUACAUUGAGUCCCUGCCUGACAGCGAUUCCCCAGGGAUCUUCGGGAUGCAGGAUAACGCUGAGAAAGCCUACCUCGGAAACCAAGCCAAAAGCUUCAUGACCACCAUCAAGAGUAUUGAGCCCCGGCUCAGUGCUGGGGUGCAGAUGUUCAGGGAGCAAAGGAGUGAGGGUGAGAUUGUGUUAGAGAAAGCAGACAGCAUACUGAAGAAGCUGCCGGAAACAGUGGAGGGGAUACAGGAGUCAGACGACACCGUACUGGAUAUCGCUGGUCUUCUGGCAUUACCCACGUGGACAGCAUACGUUCAGUCAGUGAAAGGCUAUGAUUCCUUGGUCAACUCUGCCCUGCUGGUUAUCCUGAGGCAGGAGAUCUCCCGAUAUAACCGGCUGCUGUCCGUGGUCUGUUCCUCGCUGCACUCCCUCUGCCUCGUCGUCAAGGGACAGAUGAUCCUGACAGACACUCUUGAGGAGACCUACAAUUCCUUCCUCAGUAUGAAGAUGCCGAAACUUUGGCAGCAACAUUCCUAUGAAUCCUGCAAACCUCUGGCCUCCUGGAUUGAUGACCUGGUUGAGCGGGUGAAUUUCUUCAGGACUUGGUCAAGGCAAUUUACUGCAACUGCUCAGAAAAGGAUCUCCUCGGAGAAAACACUGAAAUUACCCUCGAGAAAGGCAACUGAGCUUCAGGAGAUCGACCGCCCAGAACCGUAUUCCUUCUGGCUAUCGGCAUUCUUCUUCCCACAAGGACUGCUGACCGCUCUGUUACAGACCCACGCUCGCAAACACGGCCUGUCCAUGGAUAAUAUCACCUUUGUGAUCCACGUCCAGCCCUUCACCAAGCUCACCAAAGACUUCUUCAGUCUCCGCAAACACAAAUCCAACAUCUGGCUCCAAGCUUUCAAGGUGGAUAUUCGGGGAAACCGAGAGACGGGGCACCCUGACCCUGACCCUGACCCUGAACGUGCCCGUCCCCACCACCCUGUGCCCCCUGACAAUGGGGCUUUCCUUCUAGGCCUGUAUUUGGAUGGCGCCUGCUGGGACCAUGGCAACCAGGUGCUGCAGGAUUCCAGUGUGGGUCAGCGAUAUUCCGAAAUGCCGGAGAUUCUCUUCCUCCCCGUCCAGAUUGACCGGGUGUCGGCGGAGCUCUCUGGGAAGAGGGUGUAUGAGUGUCCCUUGUAUCGGACAUCCCAGAGGGCAGGAACACUCUCAUCCACCGGCCAUUCCACCAACUUCGUCAUUCCCAUCAAUCUGCCCACCCAUGUUGCUGCCAGUUACUGGGUCACCCGGGGAGUGGCACUGCUGUGCCAACUGGAUGACUGA